UGCCUCGAGGUUAUUUCCCCGUCCGCUAAGGAGAGCGGCGUCGACUCCGACUCCUCGUGAGUUCGUUCGCCUUCGCCGCCGCCGACGCCGCCGAUCCCCACCCAUCCCGCGAGCGGAGCGGAGGAGGGGGGGCGCCGCCGUUCGUCCUGCUGCUUCCGCCGCAUCCUGCGUCUUCAUAACGGAAAUUCAAGACAGGUGGCAAGACAAAAUCCAAUUGGACAUAAUGGACAAUAUAUUAGUGGUAUGCAAGUCCACAUUAGCUGACGAUGAAUCAGCUAGUGAGGUAUCUUCAGGGAGUGACAGUGACAGUGAUUGCAUUCUUGGAGAUGAUUGCCCAUCAGAUGAUGAUGAAGAGGCUGCACAGAUACACAAGCGUUUUAAAGAACUGAAGGAGAAGUUAAAGACAGGAAAAGUAGAUAAGUUGGAUGAUGUUGUUUUUGAAGCUGGUGCUGAACAAGAUGGUAAUGACACCCCAUCUUUUGAUAGCGAUGAUGAAGAGUCGGUAGAAGAGGUUGCAAGCGAUGAAGAGGUUUCUGCUAGAAAACUCAUCAAGUAUCCAAGGUUCAAGGAGAAGCCUGGUGUUCCAACAUUUGAAUUAGGAAUGACGUUUAGCUGCAAGAAGCAGUUCAAGAAAGCUAUUACAGCAUAUGGUUUAGCUGAGAGGAAGGCGAUCAACUUUGUCAAAGAUGAUCCUAAGAGGGUGAGGGCAAGAUGUGACUGGCCUAGCUGCCCUUGGGUUUGCCUACUGUCAAAAAACUCAAGGACUGACGGUUGGCAGAUAGCAACACUAGAAAAUUCUCAUCUAUGCCCCUCUAGAAGAGAUAACAAGCUGGUGACUUCUUCUAGGAUUGCUGAGAAGUAUGGCAAGUUUAUAGUUGCAAAUCCCUCAUGGAAAUUAGCACACAUGAAGGCAACCGUACAAGAAGAGAUGUUUGCUGAUGUUAACAUCUCCAAGCUGAAGAGAGCCAAAUCCAUUACGAUGAAGAAAGCUAUAAAUGCAGCUAAGUGGCAGUAUCAAAAGUUGUAUAAUUAUCAGCUGGAGCUACUUAGAAGUAACCCUGGAAGCACUGUUGUGGUGGAUAGAGAGGUAGAUAUGGAUCCACCUGUUUUCAAAAGGAUCUACAUAUGCUUAGAUGCAUGUAAGAAAGGCUUCCUAGCUGGGUGCAGAAAAGUGAUAGGACUUGAUGGCUGCUUCUUCAAGGGAGCAAAAAAUGGAGAGCUCCUUUGUGCCAUAGGAAAGGAUGCCAACAAUCAGAUGUAUCCAAUUGCAUGGGCAGUGGUGCACAAGGCGAACAAGGAAGAAUGGCACUGGUUCUGUGGAUUGUUGUGCAGUGACUUGCAAGUUGGUGAUGGAUCUGGCUGGGUGUUCAUAUCAAACCAACAGAAGGAAAUUAUUAAUGCUAUGGAUAAAUGGGCUCCACAAGCUGAACACAGGAUCUGUGCUAGGCACAUAUAUGCUAACUUGAAGAGACACUUCUAUGACAAUGAACACCAGAAGUUUUGGAAGUGUGCCAAGGCUCCGUGCAUAACGUUGUUCGACUUGGCAAUGGCAGAGCUGGUACAACUUACAACUCCUGCAGUACAAACCAUCUUGAAUAACCAUCCGCAGCAUUGGAGCCGAGCGUGGUUCAGGUCAGGCUCUAACUGUGACUUAGUUGACAACAGUAUGUGUGAGUCCUUCAAUAAAUGGAUUCUAGAGGCUAGGUUCUUUCCAAUAAUAACAAUGCUUGAAACAAUUAGAAGGAAAGUAAUGGUUAGGAUCCAUGAUCAGAGAACUAUAUCAGGUAGAUGGACCACAUCAGUUUGCCCAAACAUUCUGAAAAAAAUGAAUGUAUAUAUCACCGAGUCAGCUUUUUGUCAUGCAACAUGUAAUGGAGGUGAUAGCUUUGAAGUAAAACACCAUGACAAUAGGUUCACAGUACACCUAGACAAGAAGGAGUGUUCUUGUAGAUAUUGGCAGCUGUCAGGAUUACCAUGCCCUCAUGCAAUAUCAUGCAUUUUCUUCAAGACUAAGACUAAUUCACUGGAUGAGUACAUUGCUGAGUGUUAUUCAGUGAAAGAGUUUAAGAAAAUCUAUAGUCAAUGCCUGGAACCAGUAGAGGGCAUGAGCAGCUGGCCAGAAGAUGACAAAGAGCCACUUAAUGCUCCUGGGUAUAUCAAGAUGCCAGGAGAGACCAGAAGAGAAUCCAAUGAACCAUUAAAAGCCACCAAACUGUCAAGGAUUGGCUCAAUCAUCAGAUGCAGCAAGUGCAAGCAAAUUGGCCACAACAAAUCCACUUGUAAUAAGCAUCAUGGAGGAGGCUCUAGCACACCAGAUUCUCUCCAAGUUGUAAAUCCAGCUGAUAAUUUAAUGCUCUCAAACACACAACAAAGCUCUAAACAAAGCAGGAAAAGAAAGUCACGUACAGCUGCUAACACCAAUUCUGCAAGUCAGUCAAGGAAAACAGUGUCUUCAAAGCAAAAGGCACUAGUGGAAUUGCAUGCCCAUUCUCAGGGUUCUACAAGUGCAACAAUUAAGGUCACUUCUGGGCAAGCUUUUGUCAAUGUUUCAACUCAAGAAUCAGCAAAGUUCAAGCCAAAGAAGCUUACACCUGGUCUACUGCUGCUUAUGCCUCCAUGGGAAUCUGACAAACUGUGAUGUAAUGUUAGAUCAAGUUAUCUGUUAUUAAACUUGUGUGUGAUGUAACGCCAGACAAUUAGGCCAUCUAUUAGACUUAUCUGUGAUGUAAUGCAAGACUUUAUGGCCUGUCAUUGUAGUUGCCAGACUUAAUGGCAUAUUGAUGCAGUCAAGAAAACCAUCUGGGAGUUUUGGCUCCAGCUGUUCCAGCAUCAACAAUUUUCUGAAGUCCUCUGCAGGUUAUUAGCAGUUUUUUGCUUCCUCUGUCCAGCGCAGAGACAUCGAGUUGCUUAAUGGGAUGAUGGCUCCUAUUGUGAUGGAUGAGGUAUCUGCUGAGAACGACAAAAAUGAAAAUGAAGAUGAAUAAUCUGGUGAAGGAAAAAUGGGCAAUUGGGGAGCUCCAGGGUCAACAAAGGAACUCUACAACAAACAGAAGAAGAAUACACAAGAGUGAAGGGAGACAUGGAACAUUGAUGUGGGCAACUAGAGCUAACAACCAGCUAACAGCAGUCAGCACCUGCCGUGUUAGUAUGUUUCUUCUUUUUUUUUAUUUGUAAUUGUUCAUUGCAAUUCCAUUUUUGAAGAUAUUGAAAAGAAAGAAAACAAUAGUUAUUACAA